AUGCACCGCAUACAUGCGCUCAAGCAUGCGGGCUGGCUGGCUUUUCCUACAGCGGAGUGGAGUAUUCUGACGGAGGAUACCAGUUGCAACACUCCCUGUCCUGGAAAUGCUUCUGCAACAUGCGGCGCCUCCUAUUUUAUUGAUGUCUACAAGAUCCAAAAUCCCAGUGCUGCUCCCGUCAAUCCGGCAUUCCCGGAUUGUUCACGGCAGCCUCUUUGCGGGACUGCAAUCUGCGACACCACUCUGACCCCGUUGAAACGCGCCCAAGGACUUGUUUCCUUGAUGAACUCGACUGAGAAAGUACAGAACCUUGUGAACUCUGCUCCUGGCGUGCCGCGUCUUGGAGUCGUCCCAUACCAGUGGUGGAACGAGGGACUUCACGGAUACGCAUACUCAAAAGGUCUAGGCUUCACAGGGUCUGGGGAUUUCAGCUCCGCCACAUCAUUCCCUCAGGUAAUCAACAUUGGAGCAGCGUUUGACGACAAUCUUGUGUACUCUAUUGCUACUGUCAUCAGCACCGAGACAAGGGCAUUCAGCAACAGAGGACUCUCGGGCCUUGACCUUUGGACGCCGAACAUCGACCCUUUCAAAGAUCCAAGAUGGGGCCGUGGCCCAGAAACUCCUGGAGAGGAUCCAUUCCACCUUCAAAGCUACGUUCAAGCUUUGUUGCAUGGCUUGGAGCAGCCCGAUGCCUCAGGCCACCGGAAAACGGUUGCCACUUGCAAGCAUUACGCAGCAAACGACCUCGAAGAACUCGACUCAGGCAUCACCCGGUACAGCUUCGACGCUCAAAUCUCAGCACAAGAUCUUUCCGAAUACUAUCUUCCGCCUUUCAAGUCCUGCGCCGUUGAUUCCAAUGUUGGAGCUUUCAUGUGCAGCUACAAUGCCGUUAAUGGUGACUGUGAUGCUGUCAAAGUCAUCGAGACCGACCACCACUUCACCAAUACCUCAGCUGAAGCCGCGGCGGUUGCCUUCAAAGCCGGGACCGACCUCGUAUGCGCGAACUCGGACUGGGAUGGAAUCCAAGAGGCAUAUGACCAGAACCUACUCACUGAUGCCGAUCUGGAUCGGGCAUUGAGCAGGCUCUACGCUUCCCUCGUCAAGAUUGGCUAUUUUGACCCUGCUGAUGACCAGCCCUAUCGUCAACUCGGCUGGGAAUCAGUCAACACUCUCGAAGCUCAAAGGCUGGCCUACGAUGCCGCAGUCGCCGGAACUGUCUUGAUCAAAAACGAUGGCAUCCUUCCUUUGGCCAAAAACAAGUCAAUUGCACUGAUCGGUCCAUGGGCCAACGCCACCACGCAGAUGCAAGGCAAUUACUACGGCACCGCUCCUUAUUUAAAGAGCCCUCUUUCUGCUGCUCAAGCUCUUGGCAUUCAUGUCGCGUACGUUCUCGGCUCCGGCAUCAACACACCAGAUCCAUCAGCAUCAGAUGCCAUCACCGCAGCGCGCAACGCCGACGUGACCAUCUUCAUGGGCGGAAUCGACACAUCCAUCGAGACAGAGAUGCUCGACAGGGACAACCUCACCUGGCCCGAUGCUCAACUGUCACUAAUCCGGUCACUCCGGCAGCUCGGAAAGCCGACCGUCGUGGUGCAGAUGGGCGGCGGCCAAAUCGACGACUCCGAACUCCUCAGCGGCAACGGCUCGGUCAACGCGCUGCUGUGGGCGGGCUAUCCGGGCCAGGAAGGCGGCGCCGCGCUGCUUGACGUCAUCGUGGGCAACGCGGCGCCCGCUGGGAGAUUGCCGGUCACGCAGUACCCUGCUUCGUACGCCGAGGCGGUGCCGGCGACGGACAUGGCGCUGCGGCCUGGCGCUGGGAACGCAGGCUUGGGCCGGACGUAUAUGUGGUAUACUGAGGACCCUGUCGUGCGGUUUGGGUAUGGCUUGCACUACACCACUUUUGAUUUUGCCUGGACAGAGACGCCGUCGUCGACUAUCAGCAUUCAAGAUCUCGUGGGCUCUGCUGAUGAAGCGGACUGGGCUACUACUCUGCGGAAGACGGCGCUCAGUGUGAGUUUGGCAGUGACGAAUACCGGAACGGCGACUUCUGACUAUGUUUCUUUGCUGUUCAUGAACUCCACUGCUGGCCCGGAUCCUCAUCCGAAGAAAACACUUAUUGCGUACACUCGCGCACACGACAUUGCUGCGGGGGAAACUUCUGAUGUUUCCCUCUCACUUACUGUCGAAAGGCUGGUCCGGGUUGAUGAGACGGGAUCCCGCGUGUUAUAUCCAGGAACAUACACCGUUUUCCUUGACUUGAGCUCCGAGCUUUCAUUUGACUUCACUUUGACUGGGGAAGCAGUGACAGUGGAGAGGUUUCCUUCGUCCUGA